UUACGAGAAGAAACGCCAGUCAGUUACAAUCUCUUGCCAGUGAAACUUCUCCUACCAUUUAUUUUCUAUCGACGAAUACGCUCUUUUAAUCGAUCUAAUAAUGGAGGCCUGGGCGAUGAUCCUGGCCUUCGUGGUAGUGAUUCUUAGCAUUUAUUAUUACAUUUUCAAGGACUUGAGUUAUUUCAAAAAAAUCGGUUUACCGUAUAUCGAACCAUGGCCGAUAUUGGGCAACAUGGGACCAGCAUUCUUACGUCAAAAAACGAUGGCCGAUAUAACGGUAGAUAUAUACAAUAUAAAUCGCGAAGCAAAAUACGUUGGUUUCUUCGAUAUGGGCAAUCCAAUUGUGGUAAUACGUGACCGGGAAUUGAUCAAAAUGUUAGCAGUGAAGAAUUUUGAUAAUUUCCCAGAUCAUCGAUCUUUCGUCGACGAGGUACAGGAUCCACUUUUCGGAAAAAAUUUAUUUUCCUUGAAAGGGAACCGAUGGAGAGAAACCAGAACUAUGUUGAGCCCCGCGUUUACUUUGAGCAAGCUUAAAGGUAUGUUCAAGCUGAUGAACGAAUGCGGAGCAGAUUUUACGGAUUAUCUAUCGAAAAUGCCAAAGGAAAAAAGAAGGAUAGAAAUGAAGGACGUCUUUACGAGAUAUACCAAUGAUGUAAUAGCCACUUGUGCCUUUGGCAUCAGUAUUAAUUCUAUGAGAGAUCGGGACAACGACUUUUACGUUCUCGGUAGAAAAGCAACCAACUUCGAUGGUAUUAAAACAUUAAAAUUCUUCUUGAUACGUAGUUUUCCAAUGAUCACGGGAUUAUUGAAUAUCAAGCUCAUACCAGAUUCCAUAGCUAAUUUCUUCAAGAACGUUGUCGAGGAGGUUAUCAACACUCGAGAUCGAGAUAAGAUCGUACGGUCGGACGUGAUACAAUUGAUGAUGGAAGCUAGAAACAAGAGAAUCGAAAUGGGACAAGAUCUACCAUUGAUGGAUAUAGUUGCUCAGGCGUUUAUAUUUUUCUUUGGUGGUUUCGAUAGCGUUUCCACGGCCAUGUGUUUCACCUGUCACGAAAUUGGUGUCAAUCCGGAUAUACAAAAACGAUUGCAGCGAGAAAUCGACGAUGUUAUUGAAAAGACCAAUGGAAAUCCAACUUACGAAAUUAUUAACAACAUGGAAUAUUUAGACGCAGUGAUAAGCGAAUCUUUACGAAGAUAUCCAAUCGUUGUAUUCCUCGAUAGAGUUUGCAUCGAAAGUUACGAAUUACCACCAAGUUUACCAGGUGGCAAACCCCUCCUCCUUAAAAAAGGCACGAAUAUAUGGUUCCCUAUUUAUGGACUCCAUCACGAUCCACAAUAUUUCGAAAAUCCAUACAAAUUCGAUCCGGAAAGAUUCAUGGAACGCGGAAAAGAGAUUAAUAAUUCCGGUGUCUACUUACCCUUUGGAUUGGGACCUAGAAUGUGCAUUGGUAAUAGAUUCGCUCUACUCGAGAUGAAAGUUUUGAUAUUCCAUUUAUUGGCAAGAUGUGAUCUGAAGCCUUGCCCAAAAACCCAAAAUCCAUUGCAAUUAUCAAGGAAAGGAAUUAGUAUGACCGCCGAAAAUGGUUUUUGGAUAGAUUUGGAAAAAAGGGAUGAUAUUCAUUCUGCUCUUAAAAAUUUUUCAUCUAAUAGUAGUACCGAUAAUGAUACUACUACUAGUAUUAAAACUGAGACAUAUACUAAUGGCGUUGCUAAUGGUCAUAUGGUUAAAGCUUAAGAUUUUCAUAAAAAAUUAACGAAAAUGAUUAUAUUAUGUAUUCGUCUAAAUUUUAAUGUGUAUAUACAUAUAUAUAUAUAUAUAUAUAUAUAUAUAUAUAUAUAUAUGUAUAUACAUAACUCAUUUAUAUAUGUGCACAUCCAUGUGGAUAUAUAACAUAUAACAUAUAUAUAUACACAUAUAUACAGAUGUGCACAUAUAUAAAUGAGUUAUAUGUAUAUACGUCAGAUUGAAUAUGUUAAGAUUGAAUAUAAAAUGCAACAUUUAUUGAUUAGAUUAUUAUUCUCAGUUAUACUCACUUAAUUAAUCGACAUAUUCAAAGCUUAUUUUACCUUUUUACACUAGAACUUUAUUUUAACUGUACGUAUUAUUAAUGAAUUAAAUAGAAAUAUUUCAAAAGA